CAAGAGAUCAAGCACCGGUAAGAAAAUCAAAAGUAGACAGCUUACUAGUAAAGUUGUCUGUUGAGUCUAGUUUUAAAAUUUAAAUUAAGUUAGUAUAAAAUCUUUCGAGCUCUCGAUCGGAGGUGUCUUGUCUUAAAAUAAAAAGAAAUCCUAGUCAAAUAUGUCUUACAAGGUAGAAGCAUUACCAGACUCAUUUUGUCUGUUAGGUGAAGGACCUCAUUGGGAUAUCGAAAAACAAAGUUUAUACUUUGUUGAUAUUGAAAAUGCUCAAGUGUUGCGUUAUGACUAUGCAGAGAAUAAAGUAUACAGAUGUCAAAUAGAAAACGAGAAAUUGGCAUCGUAUAUUAUACCAAUUGAAGGAGCAAAUAACAAGUUCUUAGUUGGAAUUGGACGUCGUAUUUCUGUCAUAAAUUGGGAUGGUUUUUCAAAAACAUGCAAAGUAGAAAAAGAUAUUCUAACUGUUGAAGAAGGAGAUCCUAAAUGUACACAAAAUCGCAUCAAUGAUGGAAAAUGUGAUCCUCGUGGACGUCUUUUUUGUGGCACCAUGAAUACUAUAGACAUUUUUAGUAACCGUACUGGAAACUUUUAUAGAAUAGACGAAGGUGGAAAAUAUAAGUUGUUGAAAGAUAAUAUUGGAAUUUCUAAUGGACUGGCAUGGAAUGAAAAAAACAAUAAAUUUUAUUACAUCGAUUCAUUGGAUUUGAAAGUUCGAGAGUAUGAUUAUGAUUUUGAAACUGGUUGUUUAAAAAAUCCAAGAGAUGCAUUUAAUCUUACAAGCCUUCAGGAAGAAGGAAAAAUGGUUGUUCCCGAUGGAAUGACUAUUGAUUCCGAUGGAAAUUUGUAUGUUGCUACGUUUGGUGGAUCUUCUGUUUAUAAAGUCGACCCAAAGAAUGGUCAAAUUUUGCUUCAAAUUAAACUUCCAUGUGAGCAAAUAACUUCUGCUGCAUUUGGUGGACCAAAUUUAGAUAUAUUGUAUGUUACUACAGCUAGGCUUCUAAAUAAACCAGCACCAGGAGGAACAACUUACAAGAUAACUGGCAUUGGGGCUAAAGGUCUUCCAAUGGCAAAGUGUAAACUUCCAUUAUAAAAAUUUUAGUCGCAUGAUUAACAUUUACAUACAUAUAUUUUUUUUGUUCAAAAAUAAAUGUUUAUCAAACAACCGUUCCGUUAUGAAA